AAAAAGUUGAGAUCAGUAAUAGCCUUGUGUUAGUUCAGCGAAAUGGGAUGUUUGACAUCUUGAGUGUAGGAAUUGAAUUGAAAUUUGAGCCCUUCUAUCACGAAUUGAAUUUAAUUCUUGAGUGUGGGAAUUCAUUAUAGACUCUCACUCGUAGUGUUUGAGAUCAUAACUCCUUGAUCUGGUUGUGCGGCGCGGCAACUCGGGUGUGAGAGUGGGCAGCGGCGAUUCAGGGGUUGAGUUAAAUUUAAUUCCGGAGUGUAAUUCAAUCCCCUUCAAAAAUUCCCAAACAAGCUGUAACUAUCACCUAAGCUACUCACAAGAAGAUGGCAACCACCCCGUCAGCUGCUCAGAAGCUCCUUAGCGUCGGCACUAAGAUAGUCGCCGUUGGCCGUAACUAUGUGGCUCACGCCAAAGAGCUCGGCAACGCCGUCCCUAAGGAGCCGGUGCUGUUUUUGAAGCCGACGUCUUCGUAUUUGGAAAAUGGAGGCACGAUCGAGGUACCACAUCCAUUGGAUUCGCUGCAUCAUGAGGUGGAACUGGCCGUGUUGAUCGGAAAAAGAGCUAGAGAUGUACCCGAGGCCACUGCUAUGGAGUAUGUAGGAGGUUAUGGUCUUGCGUUGGAUAUGACUGCACGGGAGAUCCAAUCUGCUGCAAAGUCUGCAGGUUUGCCAUGGACAGUAGCUAAAGGCCAAGACACCUUCACUCCAAUCAGUUCAUUUCUUCCACCGUCAAUGGUGCCAGAUCCCCAUGAUUUGGAGUUAUGGUUGAAGGUUGACGGGGAGAUUCGUCAAGAAGGCUCUACCCGUGAUAUGAUAUUCAAGAUUCCAUACUUGAUUAGCCACAUAAGCUCUAUCAUGACACUGCUUGAGGGUGACGUCAUUUUAACAGGCACUCCUGAGGGUGUUGGUCCAGUUGUGGUAGGACAAAAGAUAGAAGCCGGGAUAAGAGGUCUCUUGGAUGUUCACUUUGAUGUGGGAAAACGUCAGCGGGCAAUAUAGUAACAUUAUUGGUGUGUUCACAAGUAUGUAUCUGACCAACAAUCUAUAAUGAAAUUUCAAACCUCCGUCAUUAUAUUCUUACCAAAAGUUUGAACAACAUAAAAAAAAUGCUCACAUCUUGGGACAUUUCAGAAUCACACUUAUUGAAGAAGUCGUAGAGCUUCUGAAUGAAGUUGUAAGAUGUUAUUGAACCACAGUUAUAACUUAUAUGCCAUGCCUCCAAGUACAGUUAUAUCUUCCUACAGAGACACCUCCUUCUUAGAUAUGUCAUUGUGUAUGUACACUUUUGCCCCUGGAACAUGAUAAACUAAGUCUUGUUAUCCG